AUGUUCACGUAUCUCAGCUCCCAUCAUCAAAUUCCCACAGCCUUCAUCCCAGCAGUCUGCUCAUUUGGCGUAAUGCUGGAACCAAAAGAUGUCUGUCUAGCCUUUUUCGAGGGAGAUGACAGCCUGGCUUUACCGCCCUCAAAUCAGAUGCGGAUUAGGUCCGUUGGCCGAUCAGGAUCCGGAUUUCAAAUGUCAUUUCUCUUGCGUGUUGUCGAGAAAUCCGAGUCUCGGCCACCCUGGAGUUUCAUUAUACGGCCACUGGCUGUAUAUCACUCCUUUGAUGUACAAACCGGGCGAACGGUAUGGGUUACGGUAAAAGGUAAUAGCAGCACGAGAGAGCAAAUCUGCGAUGUGUUUGAAGACCAAUUGCACUCUGGAUCGAUUUCUGGAUCCAAUACGCCUGCAAGUGCCUUCGUUGCUACUCUUGCGAUUCAUCUUUCAAUCUUGGAGACAGUGGAUGAAAAUUGGCAAUUGUAUAUCAACGAGCUGGACCACGAAGCUCGUGAAGCAGUCGACAAAGCCAGCAAUGGUCAACUUGACUUUGGCCUUCGAUUCGAAAAAUUGCAGGACGAGAUCAGGCAGCAAAUGACUCGAACAGACACAAAUAACAUGAGCCAAGAACGCAGACAGUCUAGCUUCUUGCAAAGUGUUACAUCGGGAUUCCGAAGAAGUUUCAGCAAGCGCAAAUUGAACGACACCGAUGCGGAUUUGACUCGACCGAAGAACAAUGACCCGUGGUGGAAAGGUGUCUUCUCGGGUUCCAAUAAUACGACUUUACCAGAUAAGGAGAAUGAAAUUCAAGAAGAGCUGGACAAGUAUCUGAGGUUGGAUCACUACUCGUUCGGAGACAACCAAAAGUUACAUCGAUACGGAGAAGCCAUGCAGGAAGCAAUUCUGACCAUUAAGCUGGAUGCCAAUGUUGUUCAUGCGAUGAGUGAAUUUUAUCAGCGCGAAAGGCUGCGCAAAUCAGUGUUCAAGGAUGAGAACCAUCCUGACUUGUAUCGCCUGGACACGUUUAUUGAGGGAUUGAAAUCCUUGGAGAAUUCGCUGUGUAUCAAACAACAGCAACUUGAAAGCCUGGAAAAAUUCGUCAAAGAAGCAAAAGUCUUGGUAAGAAUGACCCCUGGCCUCAACGCCAAGAAUAUUGUGCUGACUUGUGUGUUCCUCACCCCGCAGUAUGAUGGAGUGUCCCAAUAUCGAAAUGUACAGAUCAGCACGAUCUAUGCCCAAAGCGCUCAGGCGUCAGCUAAGCGGAUGGAGGAAAUCGCUGGGAUCACAGAGAAAGAAACAGCAUCGAUGCACAUCAUCACCCUUGUCACGCUAGUCUUUCUCCCUGGCACAUUCAUUGCUGUAAGACUUGCAAUGCUUGCAGUGCCAAGUCUAUCACGGUCGGUAGAGUAUCUAACAACAUCUUCGCAGAGCUUUCUCCAGAGCGGUGUUUUUCAAUGGAAGGACCAGGAAUCACUGGAGAAUGCAUGGCAGUUCCGGUUGCCUGUCUUUGAAAUGUUUAUUGCGAUCUGUUUGGUCAUGAUGUUUCUCUCUUUUGUAGUGUGGUUUUUCGUGCUCAGGUAUCUGAGAGGGCGGGCGCAGGGUCAGGCUGUCACUGUUGGUGAGAAGGACAUUUCGAAGAUGGCAUGA